AUGACUUAUCAAUUUGCCUUCUCUCAGAAAGAUUCAAGUUGCCGAGUUCUUAUGGAAACCAGUGCCGUUGGUGAUAGCUUUUGCAGUGCAAACGAGCUUUUUGUUUGGUAAGCUUAUAUAACGUAGUAAACAUACUGAAAACAAUUUAACAUGAAUGUUGGUUGUAAAAACUUUGUUGUACUUACCUGCUGAAUGACUGAUGGAGUGAUGAGCAAAAUUUGAUAUUUAGGCUAAGUAGGACAGCAAAUAGUUUUAUAGUUCCAACCUUCUAAACUCCCGCCGUCAAAAACUUUUCAUUUCGCCACAUCAAUCAUCAGAACACAUCGUUAAUACAAAUUCUCCACUCCAGAAAACAAUUACAAUGCCCAAACAGCGCUUUCAGCAAACCACAGAGUUGUUUUUUUGCUAUCCAAACAACUCAAAAACAAACUAAAAGAGUACAUUGAAAAGUGCAUUAAGACGUUGAUAAAACGCUAAAAAAACAACAAAUAAUUGCUUUUCUGGUACAAAAACAUGUGCCUUACCUUAAUGGUAAAAUACUGAUUGUGUAGUUGUGUAAAAACGGUAUAAAUAUUUUAGUUUUUACGAACAUUUCGAACAUCUUCAAGGCAUGAUAACUGUCAAAUGAUGCAUGCUUUCUGACCUUUGUCUGUCAAACCUGUUUGACGAGUUUUAUUGGCCAAAUAAUAGAAUAAUUAAUAAUGGUCAGUAAUUUGGUCAGUUUACUUCCGGCUUACUUAAUAUACUGAACUGUACGUAGUUCAAGUUAAAUAACGAAAAUUAUUUUAUAUUUAUUGGCAUUACAAUAUUUAUCACUUAUUUACUGAGACCGAGGGAAACAGAGUGUUUUGUGGAUCCGAGACCGCCGUUGUGGCCCGAGGCGAAACAGAGGAUAACAACGGAGGUCUCGGGUCCGGCCACAAAACACACUGUUUUCCAAAGUGCCCUUUUUUUCGGUGGCAAAGUGCCCUUCUGACUACGUGAAAAAUGUCGUUGAGAUCGCCGUUUGCCUCAAUAGCCUUUGAUUUAUGAUCGCAUUUACUUUAGUAUUUUGGUAUGUCCGGAAAAAUUUUUUUAUUUUCGGAAAAAAUAAUGCCAUGUCCGGAAAAAUUUUGUUAUUUUCCGAAAAAAUAAUAGUGUGUCCGGAAACAUUUUUUGAGUUCAUUUCCCCCUCCCCCGUCGCCAAGAUUUCAAGGGGAAAUUUUUUAGGCGCCCUUUUCUUUCGAAAAGUGCCCCUCGAAACCGGUGCGUAACCGGCACGUGAUACGGUUUUAACCAAUCGGCAAGCGGAAAAAUUGAACUUUGACACUAUCUAUAUAACAAUUUGUGUUAGUUUGACCAACGUCCUGGUCAUACAAAAAAUACGUACAUAUUGACAAUCCUGUCAAAAUGUGCAUGACGGCAUCACCUUGCUCAUACUUUUCCAGCAUAGUGAAAGCCUUAGUUUUUAGAAUAAGUAUCUUGACGUGUUAACAUUUCCCUGAAAGAAAACCUGUUAACCUGACAUUUAUAUGAUUUGAUUUUAUUGAUCUUAAAUAUAUUAUAAUUAUUUUAGGUUGCUUACUAAUUAUGAGUUUGACGAAGAUGCUUCCCUUAUUACAACACAGUCUGUUUUGGAAGCAGCGUUAAGUGAAAACAAGAGAGCUUCGUCACGCUCUUUAGGGAAGAAUAUUAGUGAAAUUUGGCAAGGAAAAGUUAUUCGAGAAUAUUCUCUGAGCAACUCAGCAUACAUUUAUCGGCACCUAAAAAAACGCCCCUUGGUUAGUUGUGCAACAGUCUUAACAGCUUUCAACGACGCAACUGUAAAGAAAUUCCAAUCCAUAUGUAUCGCUUACCCAGGAUGGAUUAUUAACUCUAAUUGUUCUACUCAGAAGUCGUUAUCAAUUUUGAAAAUUUUCUCGUCUGACGGAGAAGCUACAACAGUUGAUGGUCGACACAUGACAUUCGAGCUUCUUGUUGAAUUGCCUCCAAAUCCGAAGCUGAUACUUAAGAAUCUGAGCACUAACGGACUUGCAACUUCUCUGACUGAUGUCAAAGGACCCCAUGGUACAGAGUUGUGUUUUCGUGAUAUCGAUAAUGUGAUGCGUCUUGUAGAGUUUGCAGUACCUUGUUUAGGUCAUGCCAUUUCCGGAAACACCACCACCAACUUCCUGAAGUUACCAGUUUCCUCAUCAAGAGUUAUUAGUGCUCAUUCCAAAGAUCUUGGAAAUCACGAGAGGCUGGUUUCAUCUUCCUGCUUACUCUUAACCCGUCGUGGUUGUAGUUCAUGCCAAAAUUGCGCUUAUGCAUUAAAGCUGUUUCAAAAUCGAGAAAAGAAACGAAAGGCGAGCAUUUCGGAAGACGCGAAUAAGAAGAAGUGCAAUAUUCGAUAUUUGGAUCGAUUUGGGUUGGAAGCAAAAAUUGCUGCCCAGCGGAGAAAGGCAGAGUGCAAUGGUAAAAAUAACGGGCACCGAAAGGAAGAUGACUGCAUGAUAGAGUUUGUCGAAGAUGAUGACGUAGAUCUACAACAAAUUUUCAAGAAUAUCAAGAGCACCCUAGUCCCACCUGAUAUGCAACUCCUGUGGAAUGAACAAAUGAAACAAUUGUCCGCCAAAUCAGCAAAGGCCUACAGAUGGAACCCAAGGUUAGCAACUUUGUAUGUUUUAAAUUACUGCCACGUUGCUGUUUUAAUAUAUACAGAAUUGUUUGUUGGUGCCGAUGUCAAACAGCCAUUUUAUUUUUGUAUAUUUUUAUGGCUCAAUUUGUUUUCCUUAGAGUUGUGCGAUUUGCGUUGGAUCUAUAUUGCAAAAAUCCCAAGGCGUUGGAUUCGAUGCGCGAAUUUGUCAUUCUUCCGAGUAACCGUCUUAUAAGGUAAUUAUAUAUUGUACUAAUUAUAUUACUAUUAUAGAGUAAGUGCAUUCUGACGACGUCGUCUUGUUUUGCAGAUACUAUAAGAAUUCUGUUGAUCAACAGCCUGGUUGGAAUACGGAGACUAUAACCUGGUGUAAAAAGGAAGCAGAACGACAGGACUUAAAACCGGACGAAUACUGGGGAGGUUUCGUUCUUGAUGAAAUGAAAUUACAGGUUGGUUGAAUUGAUGAAUUUUAAAGUAACCGUGUAAACGAGAACAGUGGGGGAGGGGGCAAAGGGAGUGAUGCUUCCGAACGCAAUCGACCAUCUUCUUUAUAUAUAUUCAGGAAGAUCUGCAAAUGACAGUUAAGGGUGGCCGUCAUCAACUCACGGGGAUGGUUUCACUUGGUAAAUUUUACAACGACAUGAGAAUGAUUGAAUCUGGUAAGGAAUGCAGUGGAUAAAAGUGGCCAGCUACCAAAUGAAAUAUUAAAUAUGUAUCAAUUCUAAGUAUAUAAUUAUCAUGAUCCACACGUAGUUGUACGUUAUAAUGUUAAUCAUUCUAGACAUUCUUGUGUUUUGCAGGAAAAUCGUCCAUACAAGUCGCAACGCAUCUGCUACAAUUUAUUUUUGUUAGCGAUAAAGGAUUCAGGUUUCCGAUAGCACAUUUUCCAACCACUCAAUGUCCAGCUAGCGUUUUGUACCUUCAAUUUUGGGAGGGAGUGAUGCGAAUGAAAAGAGCAGGCUUCACGUAUGCAUUCUUUUAAUAAUAAAGAGGUUUAGAAAAGACGACGCGACGUCAAGGACGACGUGAAAAUGGAUGUGCAUACGAUGUCAUUUUCACGUCGUCUGUGACGUCCCGUCGUCUUUGCUAAACCUCUCUAUUAAUAUCCAUUACAUAGUUUGUACUAUGCAAUAAAUUUCUAUUUGUACGUAUUGGUAUAAUUUUUGUCUCUUUCUGUUGGUAUUUGUAGCAUUUAUUACGCUCUGUGCGAUGGUGGAGAUUCAAACAGGCAGUUCAUUAAAAUACAUUUUCCAAACUGCAAUCCCAGUGACUUGCACUUCGUAGGAUACAAUAUGCUAACGGAAGAUCCCAUGAUGUUUAUAAUGGAUUGCAAGGUAAAUUUGUUGUGCAUUGUGUACUCUACACCUGGGGAAGUGCACACUUGUGUCGCCCAGGAAAAAAGAUCUGGCAUUUUAAAACUCCGAUACUUCAGUACCCGGAGUAAUAACCAAAAAAUUACAGGUUACUGUACGUUACAAAUUAUCAAUAUUAUCUAUCUACUUACAGCAUAACUUCAAGAAACUAAGGAAUAAUGUAGAGAAGAGUUCUCCACAUGAUGGAACAACUAAAUGUUUGACCAAAGAUAGUAAGAACAUUUUCUGGUCCUACUGGAAGGAUGCGUAUAGUUGGGAUCAGACAAAUAAUUCCUGUCCCCUCCAUGAAAACUUAAAAGAAGACCAUUUCCAUCUCACUCCGAGUUCUAGAAUGAGAAACGGUUUGGCAGAAGAUGUUUUGAACAAGAAGAUGCUUUAUCUAAUGAAGGUAUUGUUGUUUUUUGCUUAAAUUAUAUAGAGCAAUAUUGAAAUUAUGGUUUAUGGAGCCAAUGAGUAUUGCAAGUAUAGAUUAGUGGAAUUUUCACUAAGCAAUUCUCCUGUUCAUUUAUAGGCUUAUAGAGAUCACAUCGCCACUAUUCCAGCAGAAGACCCAAGUAAACUUGACGAGACAAUUGCCUUCUUGAAACACACGAGCCUAAUGAUCGAAUUGUUUUCCGAUAAACAUGCGAUUUACAAUGUGGAUGAUAGCCGACUGCACGACCUGCAAGCUACACUUCUGUUUUUUUCCUCAUGGAGUGAAGGGAUAACUAGCAAUGAUCAGUUCAUAUCCGAUAAGCUAUGGUUUGAUCUGCAGUCCAUGGCACACGGGUUUAUUUCGAUGGUUCAGACGAAGUUAAGACGAUUUCCUGGGUCAAUCGUCAAACCAGCCAUAGUGAAUCAAGACGUGGUCGAAAAUCAUUUUUCUCAGUUGAGAGGGGCUAAUGGUCAGAAUGAUAACCCCACCUACCAGACUACACAAGGAACGCAGAACUCCAUUAUCUAUGGACAAACAACGAUCAGCAGAAAAACCAACACGGGCAUCACAAAAAAUCAUUCGUUUGCUGGUUUUCCCAAAGAAAAUAUAUUUGGGGGAAAAGGACAUACCCAACAAUCUAAAAAUGCAGUAGGAUUGCUUAGGGAAAAAUGA